AUGGCUUCAAUCAUAAAGUCAACAUUUGCGAUGAUGGCUAUUAUUCUCUCUUUAUAUCUCUCAAAGAUAACUGCCCAUGGAGGUGAUAGUGGAGACGAUGACAUAGACAACAGUACUAAGGCUCUUAACCUACACCAAAGGGGGCUAAUAUUGGUGAAAGUGUACUGCCUCUUCAUACUCUUUGUAAGCACCUUUGUUGGCGGCGUCUCCCCCUAUUUUUUUCGAUGGGAUGAAUCUUUCCUCCUUCUUGGUACACAAUUCGCGGGAGGGGUGUUUUUGGGAACAUCCCUCAUGCAUUUCUUGAGCGAUUCAACCUCUACCUUCGGUGACUUGACCAACAAGGCUUAUCCUUUUUCCUUCAUGUUGGCGUCCGCAGGGUAUCUUCUAACCAUGCUUGGGGAUUGUGUAGUGAUGUGGAUUACGAGAAAGAGCGUGAAAGAGGUGGGUAGAGUGAGUGUUGAAGAGAAUGAUAUUAGUUCUAUGGUUUGUGGUGACCUUUCCAAGGAGGUCGGGUUAAUGUUGGAUCAUGAUAGCUUGGGUUUUGUUAAGACCACGUCGGUUAGCGACACAAUUCUUCUUAUUAGUGCUUUGUGCUUUCACUCUGUCUUCGAGGGUAUUGCUGUUGGAGUGUCUGAUACGAAGGCAGAUGCAUGGCGCAACUUAUGGACAAUAUCUUUGCACAAGAUAUUUGCCGCCAUUGCAAUGGGAAUAGCAUUGUUGAAAAUGAUUCCCAAGAGGCCGUUCUUGUUGACUGUGGCCUACUCUUUUGCUUUCGCCAUUUCCAGCCCAAUUGGAGUUGGGAUUGGGAUUGCUAUUGAUGCAACCACUGAAGGGCACGCGGCUGAUUGGACCUACGCCAUAUCGAUGGGCAUUGCUUGCGGAGUUUUCGUGUAUGUCGCGAUCAAUCAUCUUAUCGCGAAAGGAUUCAAACCUGAAUCUCCUUGCUCAGUUGACACUCCGUUCUGCAAGUUUUUAGCUGUGCUUUUUGGUGUGACAGUCAUAGCUAUUGUCAUGAUAUGGGAUUAG